ACAGUCUGAAUCACCAGCUGUAACAGAUAUCAAGAAGAAGGUUGGUUUCGAGUUAAACGAUGGAAGGUUUAUGGUUAAAUCGGGAAUAGAGAAUGGGAUCGAUUAUUUAAUAUUAUUACUAAAACAAAAAAAGGAAGAAUUAGCAAUACGUUCAGAAUCGAAGGAGAAUGAAGAUGAAAACGAAAAUGCUUUGACAAGUUUAUCACUACAAUUAUAUGAACAACGUUAUACAAACGAUGACGAUCAUGAGCAACCUUUCUUAUUUUCAUUAUUAAAGAAUAUCGCACAAAAUAUGAAUCAAUCGAAGAAUCAUUAUAGAUACAACAAAGAUGUUGAACGAUUUGCACUAUGUGGACGAAAUUGUUAUGAUUUUGUCAGAUUAAAUCUCUUCUAUGCAUUACCGAGUAUCAUCACACUGGAUAACAUUAUUAAUAAACAAAAUCUCAAAGUGACAGAAUGUGAAUUUCGUUUUCGAUCUUUGAAAGAUCAUUUAACAGCAAUCAAUUCUCCAUUUGUUUUUGGUUCCGAAGAUUGUACCGGUGUUGUUCCACGAAUAGAAUAUGAUGGAGCAACAAAUUGUUUCAUUGGAUUUUCAUCUCCACUUGUUCAUGGUUUACCAUUGAUUAAUGAAUUUAAAACGGAUGAUUUCGAACAACUGAAAACAUGGUUUGAAACAAAAGACAAGUCAACAUUAAUCAAUCUCCACAUGAUGCAGCCAUUGUCACCAACAUUAUCAUCAUCAACUUCAUUCAUCUUAUCUGCGUAUGGAACAAACAAUCGGGCCAUUGCAAACGAUAUUCUUCGAAGAUGGUUAUUCAUAUACGAACAAUGUUAUGCUGAAGGCAUGUAUUUCUUCCAUACUUCUAUCAAGUUCUAA